AUGGUGAUUAAAGAACAAAACACUCCGGCUACGGUGGAGGAGACGAACAGCGCCAUGGACGACACAUUCGGCUGUGGGGAGACGGGUGAAACACCGGCCAAAACACACAUCAUCUCGCAGGAAAUCAAGUUCGCCCGUGCACUGGCCGGUAACGAUGCUAAGUUGCGGCGGAAGGUGCUGAAGAAUCUGGAAACUUGGCUCACUACACGCAGCCAAAGUACCUUCGUAUUCAGCGAUGCGGACUUUUUGCGCCUCUGGAAGGGUCUGUUCUACUGCAUGUGGAUGUCGGAUAAACCGCUGGUGCAGGAAGAGCUGGCCGAGUCGCUUGGUGCGCUGGUACGCUGCUUUCAACACGACGUUCCUGUAGCGUUACAGUUUUUCAAAGCCUUUAUCGUGACCAUGGGCAUCGAAUGGUUCGGUAUCGAUCGCUGGCGUACGGACAAGUUCAUGAUGCUUGUGCGUCGUGUGACACGCCAGAUGCUCUUUUUGCUGCACGAAACCGGCUGGCAAACGGAACACGUCGCACUGUUCGUGAAGACGAUCGAGACCACCAUACUGGACAGUGAGGUAUCUCCGUUCGGUCUCACGAAUCAUUUCAACGAUUUGCUGCUGGAAGAGGUGGCCAAAGUGAGCGACGGUGACGUUCCCAAGGGUAUCGUUACACAGCUGGUCGAACCAUACGUUCGCUUUCUGAUGCAGUGCUCGGACAAAUCGGUUGGAUCGGCGACCACGACCAAUAUCUUCCACGCUCUGUUCCGACAGUCGCAGCUGGGGCAAGCGUUCGAAGAAAAGUUUGAACUGUGGAAACGAACCGGCUUCAUCCACGGACAUAUUGACAAGAAAGUGUACGAUCCCCGGGCGGGACGAGUGAGUGUAACCAUACCGGAGAUUGAGUUUGAUUGCGAGGAAAUCAUUUCGCUGUUCGAAAAGUAUCGCUUCAAAUCCUUUGUUACGACCAUUGGCAAGAAGAAUGCCACGCUACUGGUGAAGCAGUUCAAAAAGUUCGCUGACGGCAUUUAUCCGCUCGGUAUUCAGCGUAUGCCAAGCAUUAAUCCUCGCAACUAUCGCGUGGACAUUGACGAGCAGGUUGAAGAUUUGGAAGAGUUUCGCCGGGAGCUGUACGGUGACCAGAAGGCCACAAACUGGAAAGAGAGAAAGCGCGAAAUACGGUUGCAGAAGAAGUUGGCACGCGAACAGCAACAGCAGACCGCUGGCGGAGAGGACGGAACGGAUGGAGCUGGUACUGAGCAGGAGGCUGACGAUACGGCUGAACCGAAUACCGUGGUUGCGAAGAAGAAAAAGUCCAAGAAACGGAAGCUCAAUCCGACGGAAUUGAAAAAGCAGCAAAAAAUGGAACUAUUGAAACGUAAAAAGGAGGAAAAGAUGAAACUGCUCAAGGAGCGAUUAAAACAAUCGAAAAAGAAUACCACAAACGAAACCAUAGCUCGCAAGAUGGAAGUCAAUAGCGGCAGUAGCGUGGAUGAAAAAACACCUAAGCUAUCCUCGAAAAAGAAACUCGAUAUGUCUUCCGAGUCACUCGCAAAAUCACCCAGCAAGAUUCAACCACCAUCAACCGCGGGACAAGCGGUAAAGCAAGCAAAUGUUGGCAAAAAAGCAGGCAGCAAAAACGGCAACAAACAACCGUUUCAAACCGUUGAUGAAUGGUCGGAACCACUGAAAGAUGGCGAGGAAGAGUACUUUAUUGCUUCGCGUAAACUAAAGAAAGCCUCAAAGAUGAACCUCUCGUCCGUUUCUUCUACUUCACACACUCCGGUUGCUGAUGAGCGGAAGAAGGGUUCGCUCAAAAGGACACCGCCUACUGGACAGCAGGCCACCGAUUCCACUAAGGAUGAUCACGAACCAGUAACGCCAGCCCGGAAGCGUGUUAAGAUUGCGCUGAACAAGAACGUAGCACAGGAACUGGAUGAGCACGUAAAACAAGUCAAAAGUUCCCCGCAAAUGCCAUUCGAUUCAGCAAAGAAACCCACAAAGAGCCUGCUGAAACCGAACCUUAUACCAAGCCCGGUCAAUCCAUUCUACAAGAAGAAGAUCGGCCUCAAGUGA